CUUUCCACCACCAAACCGGCAACGACAUUUUCCAUCUUGUUGAACACCGCUAUCCACGCUCUCGCGCCCUUACUCGCUAAUAGUGAUCUUUCGGGAAGUAGAAGUUGGAAGAACUAUUCUCAUAACUGAGUAGUUCUGGGAAGAAAUUGGGAUGGCGCACCGGAUUGUAGCCCAGAUAGUCCUCACGGGCGGUCGGGUCUUUGGAAGAGCCUUUGCGGAAGCAUACAAGCAAGCCUCAGCCGCGUCGAAAUAUGCAGCCCAGGCGCAAAAGGGCGACGGAACUGCAUCAAACAAUUUCGCCUCCUCUGGUCUUACCCUCGACGAAGCCUGCAAGAUCCUAAAUGUGAAGCCGCCAAUGGGCGGCGAGACAAACCUGGAACACACAAUGGAACGUUUCAAGAAGCUGUUCGAUGCAAAUGACCCGAAGAAGGGAGGGAGCUUUUACUUACAAAGCAAAAUCCUUCGAGCCCGCGAGCGGAUUGAGAUGGAGGUUCGAGAAGCCGAACGGAAGGCUGCUAUGGACAAAGAAGUGAAGGAGGGUUGGAAACCUAAGGUUUAUAAGGAUCGGUGACCUUAUACACAAUAACGCCUCGCCCCACCCGUUUCGACGUAUCCAGCUCCAUUCCGCGGACGUUUCGACAGAUCCCAGCGACCUGCUUGGAUAUAUGAGUUCGGUUAUGGUGUCGACUACAGCCACCGCACAAAAUACUUCUUGUUGAUAUAUAUCGCCACUGUUUCUAGUUUUUAUUGCAUAGCACGGGCGUCUUCGGCUUUUUUCCCCCUCCUUUAAGGCCUAUUGUUCGGCUUCUGUGCCUCUCAUCCUCCCUUUUCCGUCUAGCGUUUUGCUCCCAACGCACGAUACCGCAUUUCAUUUUAUUUCAACUAGCCUACUUCCCUCCGCUCCUAUCGGUAUCAUUUGUGAAGCGUUGACGAAACGACAGACACAGACGGUCCUGUUAUAUCUUGGAUACCGCCGAAACGUUUGACGACUGUUUCCACACGAUGGUAUUGGAAGGUAUGGCGCACCUUUGUAUACAAUAUCCCUUUUUGCUCUUCAGCGUGGCGAUCUUGUGGACGAAUCAUGAGAGGAGAGAUUUUCCUCCCUUGUUGCUCUGCCAUCCAUAUGUUGCCGGCUGGAUUUUCUCCACUCUAAUUUGUUUGAAAGACUUUUCUUCUGGGGUUGGCGUUCGAUGUAUUAUACAUAUUAGCUAUUUGGAAUUUUUGCAGUAUUGGCGACGAUGGGGUGUGUAAGAGGAGAAGAAGAGAAGAGAGAAGAAGAAACCGUCAAUGCAAGGGAUGGAGGGUGAUAGAGUCCUUUGAAUACGCGAGAAGCGACCAGUCAGUCAGCUCUUGUCUACGUUACGAGAGCGACGAUGGAAUGCGAAAAUUGGAAAUCAGAUUUAUAGAAUAGAACGAAACUCUGAUGGACUAUCUAUCUGCUUGAUAUGGAGAAGUUAGAAGUUAGAGUUGCUAAAUGAAUGAGAGAUUCCCAAUGCAAACCACAGUACAAGAGCGCAUUACUAUAUAAAUAUACCCUUUUGGGGCGAGAUUAUCCAACUGAAAUGCCGGACGCGGCUCUGCCUCCAUUCUCACAUUGCUCCCCUCCAUCUCUCCCUUUAUGUUAACCCUUCCCUCAGCAACCAGUCGACCACAAAGCUAUCAAUCUCACCAGCACGGCUGAUUAUGCCACUCGCCCCGCAUUACAAGAAUGCUUCAUAGUGCCACGCUGACCAGAGAUAGCCUGUCGCAGGGAAUCUCAGGCAGAUGAAGGGCAUAUCAACGAGCCAAUC